AUGCUCCGCAACCAGCGCGUCACGGCCAUGCUCGUGCUACUGUUGCUUCUUGGGACCGACGCAGGUCGCCGCUACGCCGUGCGGGAUGGCCGCAUCCGCGAACUGUCCAUGUUUGCCGAUGAAAACGCGUGGAUCGCCCACGUCGCCACCCACCUCACUGUGCCCACGGCAGCACUCUCCACCGUCACUGAGAUGCAGCGCCAGCACGUGUCGGUGGACGCGAUCUGGGUGCACCAGCUCUUCAAGGAGCGCUCCAUCGAGAGCGCCCGCGUUGCGACGCAGCGUCCCGUGCAUGCCGGGUACCGCGCGAGCGUCGCGAUGCUGAGUGCGCACUCGAUCUUUGUCCUUGGGCGCAACGGCCUUUUGUUUGAACGCUACUUCAACGGCGUCGUGUGGGUGUACAUGCGGCACGUGGGCGCGACCGAGUCGGUGUACGUCAAGCGACGAGCCUCGACGGGCGACGUGGCUUACACUUUGAGCGCAACGCCGCACAUGGCGCCCAUGGUGGCCGUCACCCGCAUCGCGCACAAAAGGUUUCAGAGCAUUCUCGUCGCCGACGCGACCGGGCGGCUACUGCAGCGGGACGUGAGCGACAACCGGCAGCUGCGCUGGGUCGACAUCACACCGCCCGGCGCUACCGUCGCGACGACCGGCGUGCUCUCCGCGGACGGUCGCUUUUACAUUGCGGCGGCGGACGGGCAGGUGUUUUCCUGGGACGUGGCGUCGGCGUCGUUGCCGCUAUGGCACCGCGAAGCCCUCGACGUGGACGACCCGGCGGACGCGAUUGUGACGGUUGUCGGCGCGUCGAAGACGCUCUACGUGCUCACGGCGCUUGGCCGCCUCCUCGAAUUCGCACUCGAGCAUGGCGAGCGACAGUUUAUCGACCACAGCGCAGCGAUUCGGUUCCAAAUCGAAGCGAGUUUGGGCGUUGUAAACACGGCGACGAGCGUGUUUGGGCUCAGCCCGACAUUGGGUCUCGUCGAGUUCAACAAGACGACGUCCACCUGGCGCGUGCACGGCCACCCGCCGACGGGCCAGCUUCUCGGCGGUCUCGGCGGCAACGACCCGAGUAUGCUGCUCGUGGUCGCGAGUGACUUUUCGCUCUGGCAGUGCAAUGCACUCGAAAGCGAUUCGAUCGCCAAGUGGAUACACCACGGAGGCCACGCUGUGCACCCAGUACCGCCGAUCGCACUCGGUACCGACGACAUCUUGCUGCAGCUCAGCGACGGUCGGCUCGGGCGGCGCUGGCGGCAGCACCGCAACGAAGCGUACGAGACAAUGCCCGUGUUGCACGAUUGGCAGUGGGAUGUGUACGACGUGCCCGAAGGCGCCGCGGCGCCGUGUGGCUACUGCUCGAACGAGCCCGACACCGAAGACAACUGCGUUCGGGGCACGCCAGCGCGCCUGCACGACGCGUAG